AUGUGGUCCUGGUUUGGUGGUGCGGCCGCCCAGAAGCGGAAGGAUGCGCCGAAGAAUGCCAUUCUUGCGCUGCGGGAGCAGCUAGAUAUGUUACAAAAGAGAGAGAAGCAUCUAGAGAAUCAGAUGGCCGAGCAAGAGGCUGUUGCUAAGAAAAAUGUGGCUUCAAAUAAGACCGCCGCCAAGGCCGCUCUUCGACGGAAAAAGGUCCACGAGAAGAACUUCGAACAGACACAGGCCCAGGUCGCACAGUUAGAACAGCAGAUAUAUGCUAUUGAAGCGGCAAAUAUCAACCAUGAGACCCUCAACGCCAUGAAGAUGGCUGGAACAGCCAUGGAAAAGAUUCACAACGGCAUGACCAUCGACAAGGUCGACGAGACAAUGGACAAACUUCGAGAACAAGCAGCGCUCAACGAAGAAAUUGCACAAGUAAUCGCCAACAACCCGCUGGGCGAACAGCCGGACGAAGACGAACUGGACGAGGAACUCGAGGGUCUGGAGCAGGAAGCUAUGGACGAGCGCAUGCUCAACACAGGCACAGUACCGGUUGCGGAUCAACUCAACCGGCUACCUGCGCCAACAAACGCAGAACCCGCCAAAGCGAAACAAAAGGAAGAAGAAUCAGACGAGGAGGCCGAGUUGGAAAAACUACGGGCGGAAAUGGCUAUGUGA